AUAUAAGUUAACAAACCAUCCUGUGUCGAAAUUUCUUAUAUCUAAUGUUUAAGGUGUCCAUGUUUAUCUCUUUAGGGAGAAGUAUAAAAAAAUCAUUUUCUAUUUUUAAUUCUUCUUCUUUAACUAUGACAGCAGAAGAUACAAGUUUAAUUCAGUUAAGAAAAGCAACUUUUGCUAUGGCAUGAUUUUGGUUUCCGGAGGCACAGUUUGGUUGUGCCCCCGGUGUUGUAACAACCAAAGUUGGAUAUACUGGCGGAAAACAUCCGUUCCCAACUUACCAUAAUCUUGGUGAUCAUACCGAGACAAUGGAAAUUCAAUAUGAUCCAUCUGAAACAAACUAUAGUGCACUGUUAGAUAUGUUUUGGAAGUAUCACGAUUCAACUGCUGUGAAUAAAACACAAUAUAUGUCAGCCAUCUUUUAUCAUGAUGAAGAGCAGCUAUCUCUUGCACAAUCUUCUUUAAUACUUAUGCAAAAAAAUACCUCCAAAAAAAUCCAAACAAAGAUUCUUCCAGCUGAAAGAUUUUAUGAUGCUGAAAAUUACCACCAAAAGUACUUACUAAGGCGUCAUACAAAGAUUUUUCAAAGCUUGAAUCUAACCGAUUCUCAAGUAAUUCAUUCAAGUGUUGCUGCUCGUUUAACAGGUUACUUGAAUGGAUAUGGCAGUGUAAGUAAGUUAACUGAAGAAUGCCAUAAGUGGGGACUUAACGAAGAUCUAGUUAAAACGAUUAUAAAAGUUGUAGAAAGUGCUUCAAUGAAUGGAGGGUGUGAGGGUGGAGUCUGUAAAAAAUAAUUAGUAUUUAAUUGUUAUGCUGUUUUUGUUUAUGUUAUUUAUAUUUCUAGAUAAACUUUUAACCAUUUUUAUUAUAGGAGCCUUUUAAUGCGUUUGUUCUAAAAUUUUGUUACAUAAAUAUUGAUGUAGCAGCUAGCAUAAUAUAUUUAUUUUUUUUAUUUUUAUAGUUGAUUUAUUCCUUUUUUUUUAAAAGCGAGCUUAUGACACAUUUGUUCUGAAAUCAUCGCAUGAAUGUUGAUGCAGCAGCUUGCAUAAUAUAACUUUUAUUUAACUUAUAGUUAUUAUUAUUAUUUUUUAUUACGUACGAGCUUAUGACACAUUUGUUCCAAAAUCAUAUUGUAUAAAUGUUGAUGUAACAGCUUGUUUAAUAAAUAAUAUAUGAGUGUUAGAAAUAAAUUUGUUAUCAAUGUA